UGCAAAACAAAUUGGCGGGAACAAGGUAAACGAGACUGUUCCAAGCGGUGGGAUUCAUUUUUAUGUCAGCGCUGUCUGUCUUACAGUAUGUUCAAUGUUCGGUGUAUAUAAGGACGAAAGUUAAACUACUUGCAGAAUUUUCGGUCUUUUCAAGUUCUUAUUCCAAGUUAUCUAUUUUCCCUCUGUGUUCUCACAAAAUGCUAACAUGCAACGGACCAACAGUACUGGCAAAGAAAGGGACCCAAAAAGGAGAAAGACCUCUAAAGGAAAUGCAAUACGAAGCUCAAAUGUUGUUAAGAUGUUUAUCAAUAAGAAGAAGAGUGAGAAAAAGUCCGAAAACGUUCCGUGUCCAGCUUGUAAUACCUUUGUUCCCUUGAAAAGCAUAAACGAACACUUGGAUAAAUACUGUGGACAAGAAGGGCAAGAAACGGUAAUUGGAGAAACUCGUUUCAAACCAGAAAAAAGGAAACGUGAAAAUAUUAUUGUAAUUGAUGAUGAUUGUGAAAGCGAUGAUAAAUCAAACAAUGAAAGCAAAGACUUUUGUAAAGAAUCCAACUAUAGCAAGAAAAAUAGCACAAGCCCUGAAAAUUUGGAAAAUUUUAACGUUUUAAUAAGAUCAAAUUUAUUUAGUGAAUCAGAAGGCAUGGAUAAAGAGCUCUUGGCAUUUAGAAAAGGGCUGAACCCUUUUAGAGGCAAAGAUGUUGUUGCGGAGGGAAAAACUAAAAAUAGUGAGUCAUGCAGCCACUCAGGGACACCUGACUCUAAUAAAUCUCAUUGUAACAAGUCAAGUAUGGUAUUUGUUGAUGAUUCAAGUAUGACUUCACUUGGUGAUUGUGACAAAAGUGCCAUCAGCAAUUGCUCAGGUGAUGUUUGUAAGUUAGAACCUGGUACAGAAAGCAUCUCAAAGACAUUAACUGCAAGCCAGCUGCAAAUGAAUACGAAUGAAAAUGAUUUAGAUGAGGGUGCUAACCAGGAACAGAUGGCAGCCAGGCAUAGUUUGGAAGAAUCUAAAAGUGACAGUGACUUGCAAGCAGAAAUGACAGAGAAAAGUUUUGAGCCAUAUUAUUGGGAGAAUUUUAACUUUGUUGUAGAUUCAGUUUUAGAUGAGACUACAAGCUUGGAACUAUUUAGUUGUGAAGAUACUGAGUUAAUAAAAAAAUUUAAAUCAACAAGUCAGCUAGCACAGCAGUUGUACGUAAGACUGUUUCUCAGAAAGCAUGGCUGGUUCAAGACAGACAAGAUAAAAUACCCUAAGAUAGGGGAAGAUUUGAAGCCAAUGAUCACAGAGCUGAUAAACACAGGAUUUUUGGAUGAUAAAAGCACCCUGGAGGAUCUAAAUGAGAUUCUUAACAUCAUGUCUGCUCCUGAAGUUCGUUCCCUAGCCCAGCUCUACCACUUGCUCAAGGAUCGUAAUGGAAAAAAGCUGUCCACAAAAGAGGAAAUGAUUAUUGUAAUUCUUAAUCAUGGAAAUAACCAAAGAAGUGUGAAGUCAUUUUUUGUGAAAUCAAGUCAUACUGUGAAUACCAUGAAAGCAGGCAUGAUUAAAAAAUCCAAAUCCUUGCUUGGUGACUGUGUCAAAAUCUCUGAAAAACCAAGAGAGUUAUUUUCCCGAUGCUUCUCACUUUUUACUUACAUGAACUUCUACCUGUAUGAAGAUGGCAAUACAAAGUCAAAUCUUAUUUACAGAAUUCUACAAAUCAAGAAGGGAGAACUGAUUUUUCCAUCAUACAAAAUCACAAAAUCAGCUACAGUAUUCAAGAGUAGAGAUGACGUCAUCAAUUACAAUGAGGCGACUCAAACUCAAGAGGAAUUUUAUCUUGCAAUGGAAGACAAAGACUUUGAUAAAGCGCUAAUACUUUAUCAAAAGGCAAGAAAGGAAGUGGACAAUAUAUUUUUGAAAUUGCAAUCUACUGAUGGGUUAAAGAUCAGGUCAACUGAGUUGCCUGUACAUCUUCGCAAAUUUUCACCAGAAUGGAUUUACUUCCGCAUAUGUUGCAAGUCGGUUGAAGCUUUAGAGAAAAAAGGCUGUUAUGAGGAAGCAGUGAAUUUAGCAAGGUUGAUACUUCUGCAAAGCAAAUAUUGUCUACGAUCAAGAGGGGCAUUGUGGGAACGAUUGGUUAUCGACACUGAAAGAUAUCUUAAAGAUCCGAGUCAGGCACUUGAAUAUAUCAAGACAGCGAUUGAAGAUCCUUGGGUUCGAACAGGAGUCAGGCUGAGUCUUUUUCAAAAAGCAAAGCGGAUCUGCAUGGCAUUAAAGAAUAAACAUUUGAAAGCGAGAAUUUCUGAAUUCGAGGCUGAGCAGCUUGAUAAUGUUAAUGAGUUGACAAUAUCAGCACCAGUCUUCCUCGAUACUUCAUCCAGCAAUCGAACGAUUUUUCUAAUGGAGGGCGGAGAUAAGACGGGAAGACAGGAAUAUUCAGCCGUAGAAGAAUACACCCUGUCUUAUUUCAAAGAGCAAGGCUACCCUGAAGGAGUCCACGGCGAAGGAGCUCCGUACACAUUUAUCUUUACGUUGCUGUUUUGGGAAAUCAUUUUCAUGGAUUUUGAAGAUGUUUUUCAUGGACCAUUUCAGGGAUGUCCGCUUGAUUUCUAUACAGAUAAUUUCUAUGAAGCAAGAAAAGACCAAAUUGAUAUAAAAUUGCAGGAAUUACGAAACUGUACAAAAGAAGAGCUGGCAGCAAAAGUAGAAGAAUCUUGGUCAAAACACGAAGGACAAGUCUGUGUUGCAUCAAACUGGAGUUUGUUCAAUAGUUUACAACAAGUUCAGGGUUUGGUUUCUUGCUUAAGUGGUCAAAUAGUCGCUGGUAUUUGUGAAAUAUUUUGCAAAGACUACAGAAAUCGGUGUAGUGGAAUGCCUGACCUUCUCGUUUGGAACCCAGAAACACUGAAAUGCAAAGCCGUCGAAGUUAAGGGGCCUGGGGACCGGUUGUCAAACAAACAAAUUAUCUGGUUGAAUGUGCUGACAUCUCUUGGUAUGGAUGCUGGAGUUUGCUAUGUCAAAGGUGUUGGUGGCAAGAGGAGAAGGUUGUCCAAAGAUUAAUUUCGCUUGCAAGUCAUCACAAAAGAAAGAAGAUGAAAUAUUCACGUAGAGCACAGGCGGCUGUCAAGGCGUCCUUUAGUUUUGCUGCUUUCGUUUGUGACGUCCUCCGUGGUUCGUUGUUCUUAUUUUUUCAUUAUUUGUUUUUAUUUCUGUGUUUCACCAGAUUUUUGUCAUUGAGAAAGUGUAAUUUUUCUUAAUUCUCUUUUUAUCAAUCGAAAUUGCUUAUCAUUAUAUGAAUCUACUUAUGAAACUAAUUUAAAAUUUAUUUGAUAGGCCUGUUGAUGAUUGUUUAGGCUAUUAAUUGUUUCAUUAGAAAGGUUGACUCUCAUGACUUCACCACGGACUUUUGUCCACCCUGAGUAUACACAAUUAUAUUCAUAUGUAUGUAAAUAUAUACACCUCCAUAGCUGCUUCUGUGAUACGGAAAAUUUUGUCUUAGUAAAUACGUUUAUCGAUUGUUUACUUUCUCAAAUGUUUCUUCACCCUAAACUCGUGGUCUUCUGGUCAGUUUGCCAUGGUUUCACACACAACAUUUUGUGACAACAUUUUGUGGUGUAGCUUAGCUCUGACAAUCAUUGGUUCUUUACACAACCACCCCCGUUAUUAAAGAAUAAUUCUUAAAGCAAUGGUUAAUGGCUGAUAAGAAAAAGGAUGCAUUUUGUAAUCAGCUGUCUCGCCUUGUCUGAGAAUAUGUUGUAUUCAUGUUUUCUGUAUAUGUUAUGACUUCUGACGUUUUGAAGUUUGAGUCGCUCGUUAAAUUUGUAGUUGGCCUAGUGGCGGCACAUGAAUUCAUUGCCGGUCCUGAGAUUAAGAUCAAACUUUUAUUACUGAAAGGAAAUAGGUGCAUGAUAGUGUUGUGGUUGAAACAAAAAACAUAGUGAGAAACUACUGACCC